AUGGGCCCGAAUGGGAAUGCCCUGCAGCCCUUCAGGACCUCCCCCCCAAGCCUUGGAACCCCAGUGUCAUACCGCUCACGCCCGCAUGCUUAAAACACACCAUGGCAGCUGCUGACGAUCGGCGCGGCCUAGACAGCGAUACGAGCGAGGAUGAAGAAGCACAGGAAGCCCCGCUGCGACCGGGCGCGGACAGCGAGGACGAGGAGGAGAACGCAGCCCCAGGCCAAGAGAGGCGUGAGCGUGUCGCCUUAUUUGAUUUCCUACGAUUGCUGGCACACAACCGAAAUGAGCGGCACGGAUACCGGACCAAUGCCGAGCUUGUCGCCCAUUUGAAGGCGGACGGCAACGUGCAGAGCGACGCCGUGUCGCGCGCCAUGCUGUGCUGCCCGCGCGACCUGUUCGUGCCGCCGCCGCACCGGGCCGAGGCGCUGGCGGACCGGCCCAUUCGCGUGGAGGCCGCGGGCUUCAACAUAUCCGCGCCGCACGUGCAGUCCAUUGCGCUGGAGGCUCUGGCGGUGGCUCCCGGCGAGAAGGUGUUGGAUGUGGGAUGCGGCUGCGGCAUCGUGACCGCCUACCUGGCGCACAUGGUGGGCCCGCGUGGCGAGGUGGUGGGGGUGGACAUCCGGGAUGCGGCGGUGCGGCUCACGGCGGCCAACCUGCAGCGGCUGCGGGACGCCGACCCCGAGUUCUGUGAGGCCGCGCCGCCGCCCCCCGCCGUGCGCAUCGAACGGCACAACGUGUUCAUACCGCUGGCCCGCCACCGCGCAGCCUACGACGCCGUACACGUGGGCGGCGCGGUGCCGUACAGCCGCGUGGGGGCGCUGCUGGAGCUGCUGAAGCCCAGCGGCGGCCGCAUUGUGGCGCCCGUGGCCAGUGACUUCCGCCUCAUCACCAAGCUUCCGGACGGCAGUGUCAAGCACCGCAUCCUGAGCCAGGUGGCCUUCACCGAGAUGGAGCUGCCGCGCGAUGUGGAGGUGGUGGCGGCGCUGGAGGCGGAGAAGGCAGAGGAGGCCAGGCGUGUGCUGGUGCCCGCCUCCACCUACGCCGCUGACCUCGCCCACCUCGCCGCACCCGGGGCGGACCUGGCGGCGGCGCAGGCGGCGGCGGAGGCAGCAGUGGCGGCGGCGGCAGCCGGCGGCGGCGGCGGCGGCACCGCCGGGACUGCCGAUGGCGGUUCUGUGCCUGGCUGUGGGGCGGAGGCUUCAGAGCCGGAGCCUGAAGCGGGGGCGGCGGGAGCUGCGCCGGCGGGUGCUGGGCGCUCCCCUCCGCGGUCGCGGUCGCGGCGCUCCGACCCGGACCUGCUUCACUGGGCGGCUGCCACCCCGCCGCCGGAGCUCAGGGCCGGUGGCCGUGCCGCCGCCGCCGCCGCCUCGGCCGGCGCGGCUGUGGAGCUGAGCGGCAGUGCGGCCUCCAUGGAGGUCUCGGGACUCAGUGGCGGGGGAGAGGGAGGAGCAGGAGGAGGCGGAGGAGGAGGACAAGGAGGAGGAGGCGGGGGUGGCGCUGCCGCCGGCACGGGUGCGGGGGGGAUGGAGGUGGAUGGGGCCACCUCGGCGGCGCCGCCGGUGCUGAAGGAGCAGCAGCAGGGCGGCGGCGGCGGCGGCGGCGGUGGGGAGGAGCUGGCGCCCGCAGGGCCCGCGGAGGCAGACGCCGAUGCCAAUGCCGCCACCACCACCACCACUGGCGGUGGCAGCGGUGGUGGCGGCGCCCAUGUCGCCUCCUUCCCGACUGCCCACCUGUACUCCUACAUGGCCGGAGUGGUGGCGUCCGGUGGCAGUAGCAGCACCAGCAACAGCAGUAGCGGCAGUAGCGGCAGUAGCAGCGGGUCCGGGGCGCUGCUGGCGCUGGGCGCGCCCGACUGCUGGCUGAGCGGGCCGGCGGGGUCGGGCUGGCGACUGCCCGCACACCGGGCGGUGCUGCAGGCCCGCUGCGAGCUGCUGCGCGCGCACGUGUGCAGCGGCAUGCGCGACUGCAACACAGACGACUACCAGGUGCCUGAGGCGGUGGAGCGGGCGGACGCCAUGGAGGCCUUCCUACACUACCUGUACAAGGACUGCCUGCCUCCGGGCGGGGUGGACAGCGAGCUCAUGCCGCAGCUGCUGCACGCAGGCACCUACUUCGGCUGCCACAGGCUGGUGCGGCUGUGUGAGGCGCUGCUGGCGCGGGAGCUGGUGGCGGCGGGGCGGCGGGGCGGCGAGCCCGAGGUGCUGGCGGCGGCGGUGGCGGCGGCGGGGCCGCUGCUGGGGCUGGCGGACGAGGGCGGGCUGGACGGCCUGAGGGGCGUGGCACUGCAGUUCGUCCUGGACCACUUCCCCGCCGUGUCCGCCAGCGAGGGCUACCGCGCCCUGCCCCGCCCCCUGGUGGACGCAGUAGCAGCCGAGGCUGUAGCACGAUACACCGGCCUGCUGCAACAGCUGGAGCGGCUAGCGUGCGGCAGUAGCAGCAGUGGCGGUGGCGGCAGUAGCAGCGGAGGAGGGGGAGGAGGAGGGGCUGGGGGAGGAGGCGGAGGUGGGGGCCGGGGGGCGGGGCUGGUGGGGCGGAUGGGCGGCGGAGCGGACAGUGACGAGGAUGGGGACGGGGACGGCGAUGAUGGUGGCGGGGCGGGUCAGGUGCGGGUGGUGCGGUGGCGGUGAGGCGGCUGGCCGGGUUGCCUGCAAGGUGCCUUGCGGGUCCAGGCAGUGGCGGCGGCGCACCCGUGGUCGAGGCGGCUCGCUGGCUGGGGGAGUUAGCAGGUAGGAGGCUAGGAGGCUAGGGGGCUGGGAGGUCCAGGCAGAAAUUUGCGUGUGAGUUGGUUGUGUGGCAGGAUGGCGGGCACGCAGGUUGGCUCGGUUGUGUGGCGAUUGUGUGUGUACGGUGUGUUUGUCAGAAAGGAUGUCUUAGACAGUGUGUGAGAGACGACGAGUGCAUCCAUGUUUAAAGCGCUGGGAUUUGAGACCAUGUGCAGUUGUGCACAAAACACACACGGCCUGCGUCAACAAGUGGCACAACGACGAACUUGCCGGCGGGUGAUGACACCCGAAGGCGGCGUGUGGCAGUGAGUGGCAGUGCCGCCUCCUCUCAUGGGCAGACACCGCAGGAGGCACACUGUGUGUCACCGCUGGGGCUGAUGUAUGAUACGGAAAUAUUGUUGUAACCAAUUGCAUAUGUGGGCGGGUGGUUGCGUUGUUGGCUGCCUGAUAUGCGGGCGUACGGCACCAUGUGAGGUAGUGGCCGCUGUCGCUGACGGUAGCGAUGGUUGGCUAGCAAGGAUUGAGGGCCGGCCUGCCGCGGUCGGCAUGUGCAUCUGUACACUAAGCUAAGCAUGUGGGUUGAGCUCUAGCAUGGCUGUUAGUGGCCAUGUUAUGUGUGGACAUUGUCGUUGCGGCCUGAUGGCGUUCGGGAGGGGUCGAGAGACUGGAGCCUGGAGGGGGGUCCGACGGGAUCGGUGGCACGGCUUCGUUGCCCCACGUCUUUCGCGUGUAAAUAGGAUGCAUCUAGAUAUGCUUUGGAAUAAAUUGUAAAUGAAGAGACUU